AUGGAGGCCAGCGUGUGGGGCUACGGUAACUGGAACGGUCAAUUGGAGGAGGCCUUGGCGACACUGGUGCUUGUCAUGGACGACAAGAUCACUGGCUUGCUCCGCGUGGUGAAGACAGUUAAUGAGCUGUGGGACACGUUGGAAGCCAAGUACCAGCUCAAGAAAGGAGUUGCCUUUUUCAUCCUCAAUGCAAGACUUUGGACCAUCAAAAAGGAUUUUGCUGAGAGCAUGCAUGAGUACCUCCACCGCCUUGCAACUACGAAAGGCAGGAUCAAAGCACAUGGAGUCGAUAUGUCCGAGACAGACUACCGCCUUGCUACUCUUGUCGGACUCGAUUCAUGCUACAACAAUCACUUCCAGGUUCUCGAGCAGGUUAGCGACCAGUUGACAAAGGAACACUACGACGAAACACUACUCCAGGAGAAGCGCAGGAGCGUUAACGACAACAACAUCCUCAGCACGGGAUCUUCGUAUCACCUCGUCCCUCAAUGCACUGCUCUCGCCAACAAGGUCAAGGAUUCUGCCGUUAUUAAACUCACGAAGGGCAGCAGAAUGAAGGUAGUGGCUAAGGGCGAUUUUGGGCCGAUCCAUGCCAAGCCCAGCAAGGGCAAUCUCGGAACCACCACCACAAUGCAGAACUUUGUCGGGCAUAUUCGAGUCAUACAGAUGCGAACGGCGAGCAAUGGCACUGGCGCAUCGGCCACACAAGGCAUGACUCCCACAACGCGAGUUACAAGGCGAAGGGUCUACCCACUACCCAAGCUGAUAGUGCAUGUGAAGCGUACACGCUCGGAAAGUAGCACACUUCCCAUAGGGCACUAUAAUAGAGAAAGCAGGGAACUACAUAUGCUUGAAAGGGUGCAAGUGGAUAUCAUUGGACCUCUACGCAUCGUGAGCGUAGCUAGCGCGCUCUACUUCCUAACCUUCACAAGUAAAAGUUCGGGCAAAGCCUGGGUUGGGGCACUGGCAGUUCAUACAGAAGAAAAUGCGCAAGAGAUGAUCAAGGUGGAAAUGAUCAAGGUCCCUCCACUCACACAACGGCAGCGGUGUAUACGACAGCAUCAUGGACCAGUGAAUCGAAGCUGUAAAUGCACUCUGGGAGAGUUGGUCGCAACGGAAGCCUUCGCGUGCAAUCAUCGUGCACGCAUUACCCAUCGCAAUGGUUGCACGAUGAUCCAGAUUCCAGAAGAAACAGUGUCGCACUUACAAGAAAGCGACAAGGCUGACAAGUGGGAAACGGUACCAAAGAGCGAACAUGAUAACAAAGGCAACAAAACUUGGGUUGAGGCAAAAACUGCCAACCGGCAGGCGAGCCGUGGGAGCAAAAAGGGCAUUGAAGACGUUAAGACCGCCUACCAUUACUUUGAGUGCGAGGAGGAAGCUUACCUCGAAUCAACCGCCGGAAUGGAGUACAGCAAGCAGGUCAAAAUUGGCACAAUCGCUUCACCAGCGGCGAAGGCACCCAGUGCUCAUAAGAGGGAACGAUUAAUGGUAACUUCAAGGUUUGACGUCUUAACGAUUUCGUUUUCGCAACCGAACAUCAGGAGACGACCCUUCGACUACGAGACCUUCUGCUCAAGCUCUUCCGCACCAAGGACCUCGGACCGCUUCAGGACUACUCCAGCCUACUUGAUCCGACGCAACACUCACAGAGGCAGCAUCUUCGUCGACCAGACGGCAUACGCAACUUCGAUAUUUCGAAGAUUUGACAUGGAAGAGCUCAAGGCAGUCGAAAAGGACGUCGAUGCUAACGGGAUGAUCAAGGACAAGAAUUUCUACCCUGGAGUCAUUAGAUCUCUGCUCUAUCUCGUACUCGGGACACAGCCUGAUAUGGCUUACUCAGGCAUCAGGGCCAAGCAGGGUAGCGCUGAGUCGAUGGCAGCAACUUGGCAGCCUGCCAAGAGGGUGAUGCAGUACGGCCGAGAGACCUGCAAUCUCGAAAUGGAGUACAAGCGCACCAAUGAAACAGAGCAAAGUUACACUUUCUUCAAAGGAGUCAGAGCUGACUGUAGCACAACGAAGCAACCGCGAGGCAGUUUGGCGGCAGAAUCUGGGCACACCAGUGAUCAUAUGGCUAUCAAGAUCAACAACACUGGCGCACUGCACCACAUUCUCGGUAAUCCCAACAUGCAAGAAGCAGGCACUAAGACGUUGAGCUCAAACAUGGCAAAAAUUGAAACGGUAAUGCGUGGCAGCCAGCGUCGUCCACUGCGCGAGAUGGGCUCUAGCUGCCGAAAAGGGACACAGGAGCAAUGGCAGCGCGGGCGCUUGAGCCAACGGAGGGAAGCACCGCGAAUCACGUCGAAGCAACAGGGCCCGUAG